UGCUAGCAGCUUUUCGUAGCCGUUUAAGCUGAGGAAAGAAUGGGCAAAAGUGUCUUUAGGUGUGUUGAAUGUAACGAAAAAGCAACGGAGCUGCACCGGGAUUACAGUAACGGGAUCCUGAAGAUAACUAUAUGUGAGUCCUGCCAAAAGCCAGUGGACAAGUACAUAGAAUAUGACCCUGUCAUCAUCUUGAUUGAUGCCAUUUUGUGCAAGACACAGGCUUUCAGACACAUUUUGUUCAACACAAGCUUGAAUAUCCACUGGAAGUUGUGUGUGUUCUGCCUGCUGUGUGAGGCUUACCUGAGGUGGUCUCUGCUCCAUGGCUCUGAGCAGAGCAGUGACCCUGCUGACAUCAUCAGGUACACCAAGGAAUGGGAGUUUUACGGCAUGUUUGGAUUGGCCGCCCUCGAGCUGUCAGCGUUCUGCGGCAGUGUGCUGUGGUUCCUUUGGGUGGUGGUGGGUCUCCUGCAGGGUGGGAACCUAGAUCUCAGCCUGCUCAUCAGAGCCCUGCUGCUGUCCUGCUACGGGAAGGUCCUCCUCAUCCCUGCUGUCAUCUGGGAACAUGACUACUCCCCCCUCUGUCUGGGCCUCAUCAAACUGUUUGUGCUCACUUCUAACUCACAGGCUAUCAGAGUGAUCCUGAACAGCAGCAGACGUCUGUCACUGAUGGCUGUGUGUUUAGGUCUGCUGUCAGAGACCUGUGUGGCUCAGGCCUGGAAAAAUCUGCCAUGGAGCAUCCAGGACAUGUUGACAUUUGAAUGAAUGUCUGCUGUCAGACUGACAUUAAAGUCACUUCUCUCAGGGAUGAACAACUGAUCGUGGAUGCCAGCCUGUGCCAGAGUGAGGCAGUUUUUUAAUGAUCCAUCUGCACACGGGGCUGGAGAAGAAGUAUGUAUUCUUCAAGUUUUCUUCUUUUGUUGUUUUGUUUCUGUUUAUUUCCAAACAACUGGAGACAUGAGAAGCUUCCUGUGUGGCAGAAACCGCCAAAGCAAAUGCCUUAAUGAACUGGCUACAGGCUGACGAAAUGUUACGCUGCUCAGUCGGAGAAAGAGACCGGCUUAAAAGAGAUUUAUUUCUCAGAGAAUGUUGAUGGCUUUUUGUCAAGUUGAAAAAGAAGGAGAGACACUGAAGAAAGACAAAAACAGUCUACAGAACAAGCAGUCUACCUACUGAAGAGGUGGGAAUGCUCUAAUCUUGUUUUUCAUUUUGGUUUAAAAGUGGACAAUGAGCUCCAAGUCAAGAUUCCAGUGAGAUUUUGAUUUAAUUUGAUUACUUUAUUCAGAAAAGCCCAGGAGAAGAACUACAACAUGGGAAUAUCUCAUGAUCUAAAUUGCUGUUUUACACGCUCUAAUUCCAGGGCUGCUCUCCAGGAAUGACACAAACACAGACCCUGAGGCUGUGAAUUGACAAAAACUAUUUCUCUGUUUGGACAGGACCCAGACAGCACUCCUCACAUUCUUUAGUUCAUUGGUGAAGUGUUUACUUUUGCUCACUCACACAAAAACACACAUACAUCAGAUAAACGUUAACACACAAGCGAAGUAAGGCAGACAUUAUUGACUUCUUCUUCUUAUUUACUGCUGUAAUCUGGCCCAUGGGCCACAACAAAAACAGGAAUGGACACACAAAUGCCAGCAAAUUAAGAUUAAGCAAAAGGUGUCUCAGCCAAGGAAGAGAGAGAGAGAGAGAGAGAUAGAGAGACAUGGUGAAUGCUGGGACUUUUACAUCUUAAAGGAGCACUGGGCCCAUGUGCUCCACAUCAGGUUGGCCCAUGCAAACACAAAGCUCAGUUGAAGGCCCAAGGUGACAUCUUCAAUAUACACAUCUUGUCUGACCAACGGCCUUUUUACCGCAUUUACAAUUAUAUGUAACAAACAAAAUCAGCAAAUGGAUGGUCAUAUAAGUGGAGUUGGAACCUGUAAAUGUUAUCAAUAUUCGUUUGAUAAUUGACUUAAAUGAUUAGAUUAUCAAUUAUCAAAUUGAACAGUGUUCAGGACAAGCCGGUUAAGAAUUGCCAAAAUUAUUGUAUGUUUUUUUUUCCUGUAUCCAAGCGAAGGUGAAGCCAGAACAUUUAGACCAUCUCACGGCACUAAAACUCAUCAUUGACAUCUGAACCGAUAAUUCUUUAAGGUUUCUUAUUUACAAGUGAAGGCAGAGGGAGGCAUUUAUCACACCAGACAUCUGAUCUACAAAAAUCACUGUGAGACAGCACCUGGAAUGUGGCUUAUGUGUCUGUAACCAGCACGAUGUUCAACCAGUAAAACAAACGUCCGAAACAGAUCAACUAUCUGUGGAAUGAUGGGAAUUUUUUUUUUAACCGCGCUUACCUCCAGCGUUAGGGGACAGCUGAACCUGCCCCGGCCCCCCGGGAAGGUCUCAGCUGGGCACGUGACGAGAGGGGAGGCAGGAUUCUUUCUGAACGACGCCAUCUGACAAGAGGACGCACCCUGAGAGAUGUAGUGAUGUUCUCUCACACACCGUCAGAGAUACACGUUGUGGACAGGCGGGGUUUUCAGGGCUGUAGUUCGUCAACAUAGUGACUUCUCGGCAUAAUAACCAUAAAUGAUGUGGUCUUUCGCUCGUUUGAUUUUUGAUUGUAUUUAUUUACACACAUAAAACAUUACAAAUACAUUGUAUAAAAAAAUGUUAUAAAGGAGAGAAUGUGCAGGUGAGGUAAGAAACCCAUCGAGGGCUUAUGUUAACCAGCUCUGCGUAAAAACAAAAAUGACAUUAUACAAAAUGAGAAAGGAGGAAAGAGAGAAUAAAAAACAGCAUAAACAACACAAUAUAUACAGUGGAGAGGAUACAGAUAAUGAAAUGAAUCUAUAAACCAGAGACACGUAGAAAGGGUUUAUUUCUGAAAGUAGUCUCGUCCUUCAUUUCCCUUCUUCGGUGUCUUUUAUUUUAUUGAUGCUAUAAAAAAAAUACAUUUUUUCCUCUGCAUCUCACUCCUUCCACCAUCUGCCAUCAGCAUAAAGUCUGGGUGCUAUAUAUCUUGUUGGGGUGUCAUCUCCUAAAGCAGGAAACUGUCCUUGAAAUACAAAAAAAAUAAAAAAUCCAGUUAAAAGCUGCCAGUCUUCUGGAUGUCUCAAAAAUAAUAUAUAAAUGUUAUAAUAAACACGUUUUAACAAAGAAUGAAGUUUCACAUCACAGAGUACACCCUGAGUAUUUAGUGAUUAAGAAGAUGUAAUGUUGAAAUAGCUGUGGCUUUCUGUCACAGACCAGCCCUCAUCGUUUGGGAGGGACAUAUGCUUCUCUGAUGAAUUAUGUAGAACAAACUUGCAGAGCGAGUUGCCACAAGCAGCAGGGAAACACACUGUAAACAAAUGUUUUACCAUGUGCAGUCUGAUCUAUUAAACAAAGGAAUAAAAAGAGAAAAGAAAA